GUCACAGGCAGCCGUACACACUACAGCUUUCUACAGGGAGCAGAGAGCACAAAGCUACAGCCACACAAGUGUUUGUGAAGACAUACAGCUAAAGGAAAACUAUGAGGGUCAGUCGUCAAACUCUGAUAACAUGUGUGUUGUUAUUCUGUGCAGUAACAAAACAGAUGGCAAUCUCCACAGCACCAACUUCAACUUCUGCAAACCUUGCUGAGACAUCAGCUGCAGGUGUCACUGAAAACACCAGCACCACUGACAUCAACCAAAGCACCAACACAGCCAUUACUCCCACAAGCGCCACCGAAACAUACAGCACCACUGACAUCACCCAAAGCACCAACACAGGCAUUACUCCCACCAACACCAUUCAAACAAACAGCACCACUGACAUCGCCCAAAUCACCAGCACAGCCAUUACUCCCACAAACACCACUCAAACAAACAGCACCACUGACAUUACCCAAAGCACCAGCACAGCCAUUACUCCCACUAGUGCCACCCAAACAAACAGCACCACUGACUUCGCCCAAAGCACCAGCACAGCCAUUACUCCCACAAACACCACCGAAACAAACAGCACCACUGACAUCACCCAAACCCCCAACACAACGAUCACCUUAAGCACUUUAAAUACAAGUAUUCAAACAACCACAGAAACUACUACCAAAACUACCAUCACCACCCAAGCUACCACCACAACAGCCAUCACUCCUGGAAUCACCACCCCCCCAAGAGCCACCACCAGGGGUACCACUCUGGGGCAGGAUGAACACAAGCCUAAAGGUCUAAGCUCAGGAAGUAUUGCAGCCAUCGUUUCUUUUUUCAUUGUAUUGGUUCUCGUUGUGUUGGGAGGGCUGUACUACUACAAGAUCAGACGGACGAACUACGGUCGUCUCCUGGAGAGCCAAGAUUACGGCAUGACAGGAAACUUCAACAACCCAAUGUACGACCCCUAUGAUGCUUGACCUCUGAUCCCAGAGAAAUCCAAAGUCCUGCAGACAGAGCCAGUCUGAUCAGAAUGUGCUAACAGUAUGCGAGUGAUGACUUCACGAUGGUCAGAUUUUUCAAGUGUUAGAUAGACAUCGAGCCAGUGUCACGCCAAUGCUCGAAUGCACUGAAUUCCUCGAACUGCUAUUAUAUUUCCAAUGUGACCAAAAAGUAUGUAUUUAAAUAAUAGCAGCUACUAGCAUUUACUCAGUUACCUUUUCAAAGAGCUUUAGCUUCAUGAACUCUCAUAUGUGAUCACAUUUCUAAGAGUGGAAAGUCACAGGUUAUCUAGUGUGUUUGUACAGGUGUUAUGACUUUUGUCAGUGAAGAUCAGCUCCAGUGUAACAUUACAAGAGAAAAAACACAGACGGUAGCAAAUAAUACAGAGCCAGCAGAGACAACUUUCCAAUGUGUCAAUAAAGUGAUGAGAAAAGUUUUUAAUCUUUAUACAAUUUUCAUAGUAAUUUUGUUUUAUAGAAAAGUGAGAUAUAUCGCAAAUCUAAGAUGGAGACACAUUUUAACAAUUCCAGGUGUCCAUGUUAAGUGAAGUAAUAGAGACAUUUACAUAAAAUGUUUUAGCUUUAUUAGUUUGAUUGUGUGUGUAAAAGUGUCAAACUGAAUGAUGCAAAAGAAAAGAGGGACCAGCCUUUAAAAGGCGGGUACAAGGUUGAUUGUUUAAUUGUAUUCAUCAAGCUAAAAGAUGCGUUUUUUGUAUUAAAUAGCUUGUGUGUCCUCAGUAAAACACAUAAUAAGGAGUUACCUCUCUCUCAAACCUGAUCAGCUGCAUCUGCCAUUUUUGAGUGACAUUUUACCUACUAGAUGCUGUGUUGAGAUGUGGUUUGUUUUCAUAUUUCUGGGAUAUUUCUGUCGUCAGUCAGGCUGCUGUUUUGAUUGUUUGUACAUUUUAAUGAGCUGUGUUUUUGUGAAUAAAUUGGUGAAUAAAGGUGAUUAAAGUCAGUGUUAUCGCCAUUAUGGCAACAA